AUGAAAUCCGCAAAACUGUGGGGAGGUCGCUUUACCGGUGAAACCGAUCACCUGAUGGAUGCAUUUAACGCCUCCAUACAUUUUGACAAGCGUUUAUUUGAAGCCGAUAUCCUUGGCUCGCAGGCGUACGCCAAAGCGUUGGCUAAGCGAGGCAUCAUCACCUCCGAAGAACAAACUUUGCUCGUCGAUGGUCUCGAGAAGGUUCGAUCGGAGUGGCAAACAAACACUUUUGUAAUACAACCGGGCGAUGAGGACAUUCACACCGCGAACGAGAGACGACUGGGCGAAUUGGUCGGAAGCGUUGCCGGUAAACUACAUACCGGGCGCAGCAGAAACGACCAGGUUGCGACGGAUUUCAGAAUUUGGGUUAGAGAGGAAUCAAAAAAAUUGUUGGUCUACGUGAAACAAUUAAUUGGUGCCGCUGUUGAGAGGGCCGAGAAGGAAAUUGAUGUGUUAAUGCCUGGAUACACUCAUUUGCAGAGAGCACAACCUAUCAGAUGGAGCCAUUGGCUCCUAAGUUAUGCUUGGAGUUGGCAAGCUGAUGCUCAACGUCUCGAGCAAAUUAUCGAUCGAAUCAACGUUCUUCCUUUAGGUAGCGGGGCGCUGGCCGGUAAUCCUUUCAAUAUCGACAGAGAAUUUCUGGCCAAUGAAUUGGGAUUCAAAGGUGUCAUGCAGAAUAGUUUAUACGGUGUCAGCGAUCGUGACUUUGUUGCCGAGUUGCUGUUCUGGGCCUCUCUGACGAUGAUCCAUAUAAGUAGAUUCUCGGAGGAUUUGAUUAUCUAUAGUUCCGGGGAGUUUGGUUUUGUCACUCUCGCCGACGCUUACAGUACGGGAAGUAGUCUCAUGCCACAAAAGAAAAAUCCCGAUAGCUGCGAACUGCUGCGUGGCAAAUCUGGACGUGUCUUUGGACAGUUAUCAGGAUUCUUAAUGACAUACAAAGGCAUUCCGAGUACCUACAACAAAGACCUUCAAGAGGAUAAGGAACCACUUUUCGAUGCCGUGGAAACUCUUUCAGGCUCAUUACAAAUUACAACCGGAGUUCUAUCAACUCUCACCAUUCACCCCGACAACAUGAAGAGAAAUUUAAGUAUUGAUAUGUUGGCUACGGAUGUUGCGGAGUACCUUGUGCGGAAAGGGGUACCAUUCCGUGAAACCCAUCACAUAGCAGGCGCCGCAGUCCGCACGGCUGAGGAACGCAACACAACCAUGGCUAAUCUAACAUUAUCCGAUUUUCAACAGCUUCAUCCGGCAUUCGAUCAAGAUAUCACUGAGAUAUGGGAUUUUGAAAAGAGUAUUGAGAAUCGAUCAAGCUUAGGUGGAACAAGUAGAGUCACAGUUACGGAGCAGAUCAACAGAUUGAAACAAUGGUUGAACCAAAGUUAA